CCCAGAGAACACCCCAAAAAAUGAGGCUCCCAAUCUCUCUCCUCCUCCUACUCUUCUCCACCGUCCUUCUCUCUCCUCUGACCGCCCUCGCCGGAGUCACCGACCCCCGCGCUCUCGGCCUGGCCAGGUCCAGCUUCCCCUCCGUGCACGCGCAGCAGCUGAUCAGAGCACUCAACCUCUUCCCCGAAUCCGAUGCCAACAUCAUCGCCGCCGCCGCGGAUUCGUCUCCGGUCGCCGCCGGGAAGAGGAUCGUCGAGAAGCGGUUCACUCUCCCCAACCUCGUCGGCGAGUCCGGCGCUUUUUCCGUCGAGGACCUCGGCCACCACGCCGGUUACUUCAACAUCGAGCACUCUCACGCCGCCAGGAUGUUCUACCUGUUUUUCGAGUCUCGCACGAAUAAGAAGGACCCUGUGGUGAUAUGGCUGACUGGAGGACCUGGUUGCAGUAGUGAAUUGGCCGUGUUCUAUGAAAACGGUCCUUUCUCGAUUGCGAAUAACUUGUCUCUUUUAUGGAAUGAGUAUGGUUGGGAUAAGGCAUCUAAUCUGUUGUAUGUUGACCAGCCUAUUGGUACUGGUUUCAGUUAUAGUUCUGACAGACGUGAUAUUCGUCACUCUGAAGAUGGUGUUAGUAACGACCUCUAUGACUUCUUGCAGGCCUUCUUUGCUGAGCAUCCUGAGUUGGCAAAGAAUGACUUCUACAUAACUGGAGAAUCCUAUGCCGGCCACUAUAUCCCAGCUUUUGCUUCUCGAGUUCACCGAGGAAACAAAGCUAAGGAAGGAAUUCAUAUUAAUCUAAAGGGAUUCGCCAUAGGCAAUGGGCUCACUGAUCCUGCAAUCCAGUAUAAAGCAUACACAGAUUAUGCAUUGGACAAUGGAGUAAUCUCAAAAACUGACUAUGACCGUAUUAACAAAGUCCUUCCUGUAUGCGAAAUGGCUAUAAAGCUGUGUGGCACUGAUGGUACAGUUUCUUGCAUGGCUUCAUAUUUUGUAUGCAAUACCAUAUUCAGUAGCAUCAUCGCAAAAGCUGGAGAUGUUAAUUAUUAUGACAUCAGAAAGAAGUGUGAGGGGAGCCUCUGCUAUGACUUCUCAAACAUGGAAAAGUUCUUGAAGCAGAAAUCUGUUAAACAGGCACUUGGAGUUGGGGACAUAGAUUUUGUGUCAUGUAGCCCGACAGUAUAUCAAGCUAUGCUCGUGGACUGGAUGAGGAACCUUGAAGUGGGCAUUCCUACUCUUCUUGAGGAUGGAAUUCAGCUACUUGUGUAUGCUGGAGAGUAUGAUUUAAUUUGCAACUGGCUUGGUAACUCAAGAUGGGUCCAUGCCAUGGAAUGGUCUGGUCAAAACAAGUUUGUGAAUUCGCCAGAAGUUCCAUUUGUUGUUGAUGAUUCCGAAGCAGGAGUUCUUAAGAACUAUGGGCCUCUUAGUUUUCUAAAGGUUCAUGACGCGGGUCACAUGGUUCCAAUGGAUCAGCCCAUGGCUGCAUUAGAGAUGUUAAAGAGGUGGACACGGGGCUCCCUUUCUGAAGCCGCAGCUGAACCUGAGAAACUGGUUGCGCAGAUGUGAUUUGUGCAUCAGGAUUAUUUAGGAUAGUGAGCAUUAUUAUUCUCUGGUUUCCCCAUGUUGUAUAUAUGUUGGCUAUACCAUGCUAAAGCUUUUUUACUAGUUUCUCGACAAUAUGUUAUCUUUGCUUGAUAGUUGAUAUACUUGAAUAAAAUAGACUUCUUGUGGAUA